GCCGCAGCCGGACAUGCUGACCAAGGGCUGACCCCUCGCCCCGGCCGGGUCACGGACCCGCGGGAUCAUCGGGCACCCCCCGGCAUGGAGCCGGCUCCCGAGGUGAAGAGGAAUAGUUUCCCCAGCAUGAACUUUGAAGCAGAGAUUCUGACAACUCCACACGAUAAUUCAGAGCUCUACGUGUUCCCUGCCAUGAGAAGCCUCACGGCUGAGGAGUACGUGGAGGCCUUUAAAUCAUUCCUGGAUCACUCGACAGAGCAUCAAUGCAUGGAUGAGUUCAACAAGGAGCAAAUGCCCGGCAUCCUGGCUGGUCUUGGCGCUGGAAAAUCGACCAUCAGCGUUCUGGGAGUUGGGAGUGGCACAGGUGAGCAGGAUCUGAAAAUGAUCAGGAUACUGCAGGCUGUGCACCCAGGGGUUUUUAUCGACAAUGAAAUCGUGGAGCCCAACCCACAGCACGUGGCAGCUUACAAAGAGCUGGUGAGYCAAGCUCCAGACCUGCAGAAUGUUUCUUUUAUUUGGCACCAGCUCACUUCCUUGGAGUACGAGCAGCAGGUGAAAGAGAAAGGCACACAUAAGAAAUUCGACUUCAUCCACAUGAUCCAGAUGCUGUACCGUGUGGAGGAUAUUCCCAAUACUAUCAAGUUUUUCCACAGCUGCCUCGACCAUCGUGGCAGACUCCUGAUCAUAAUUUUAUCAGACAGCAGCGGCUGGGCCAGCCUGUGGAAGAAGCACCGGGACUGCCUGCCCGCCACCGACAGCGGCCACUACAUCACCUGCAGCGGCAUCACGGACGCGCUGCACGGGCUGGGGCUGCAGCACCGCGUCUACGAGUUCCCGUCGGGAUGGGACAUCACCGAGUGCUUCGUCGAGGGGGACGCGGUGGGCGGCCGCAUGAUGGAUUUCCUGACGGGSACAAAAAACUUCCUGGGCACGGCCCCGGCGGCGCUGCGGCGGCGGCUGCAGGAGGCUCUGUGCCAGCCCGAGUGCAGCAGCACCAGGGACGGCAGGGUCAUCUUCAGCAACAACCUCAGCAUGAUCGUGGUGGAGUCCUAAAGCUCGGGCUGGGGUGAGCUGGGC